AUGUUGUCCAGAACAACACUCGCCGCCUUUAUGGCAGCAGGUGCUGCUACACUGGCGCUCGCUCAAACCAACAUCACCGCUGAUGUCUGCGCUGACCCCUCCACCUUUACCAGCUGCACAGCGAAAGCAGAUGCGGACGCCAAGGCAUGCAUGAAUGUUUGCAACGGAAACAAGCUCUGCGUUCUGAGCUGCGGAUGCGCCAUGUACCAGGCUUACAUGAACUGCGUCGGCGAGUCGUGCUGGAAUCAGGCGUACUCGUGCGAAUACGGCAAACUGGUCGCAACGUACUUUGCCGAAUGUCCCAUAGCCUCCGAACCGGUCCCUUUUUGGCCUGCGCCCGAUAACGCUCCCGGCGGCUGCUCGUGUAACCUCGGCAAGGUGCUGCAGGCGACACUGAAUGCACAGAAGGAGAACAAUGCAUGCUUGACUAACAAGACGACAACAAACAUCAUUGAACUGAGCAAGAAGUAUACUGCAUGUGGGUGCUGCGAGGUCAGCGCCGGGUUGUCAGCGAUGUACGAGACCUGCCCCGACACCAUUCCCGCCGACAUGGGCGCAGACCUCUGGCUUCAAGUGUCUACCAUAUACGGCUCCGUCGUCCACUGGGGCUCGUGCGGCAGUGCGAUGGAUGCAUAUGACUGUGGAAAGCUGGGCUUUGCACCGAACUCGAGCACGUUCUACAAGCCGGACAACCUGCCCCCGAACGGUACGCAAACGCUGUAUAAUACUGGCGCGGCGAAUGCGCUUACUGCCCCGCCGAGCGGAUCGGUUUUCACCUGGUCACAGUCCAGCGUCACGUACACCGUGACGGCGUCGCCGUGGAAGAAUAACCAGGUCAAGGCGACUGGGACCGGUAAUGCAGGGACUGCUGGGGCGACUGGUGCUGCUGCGACCGGGUCCGCGAAGAGUGGAGCGACUGCGUCGAGGCAGCUGUCGCUGGGGAAUCCCGCUGUCUGGAUCCCGGCCAUCGCUGCGGUUGCUAAACUUGUGCUUGGUCAAUAG